GAAUUUUUAGGUUAAAAAAUUUCGAAAAAAUAAUGCGAAAUGAUUUUUUUGUUAGAAAUUAGUAAAGAUUUGAGAAAAGGGUUAGAAAUAAAUAAAUUCUGAAUUAUUGCAUAAAGAUAAAAAAAAAUAUUCUAAAGAAUAUUAUUUGACCUAAUCACUUCACAUCACAAAGACUCUUCUGCACCAUCUGAAAUAGCUAUAGUAUAAUUCCAUAAAGCAUGGAAAUGAGCAGAAAUAAUGCAGAAAAGAGAUUGUCAUCUAGUAGUCGCGAAUGUAGCUCUAGCACAAGAAUAAGCUCAGAAUUCCCACGCAAUACGAUUCACACUAAUAACAUCCCCAUGCAGGACACGAAUUCUCUGUGUUACAAAAGUGAUAGCACUGCUAGGGAAUUUUUUGAUGAGUUAGAAGAGCAGGAAAAAUCACCACUUCCGGAAUACCUGAAGAAUCUCAUUUAUUUAAAUGGAUUUGCAAACAAAUGGAAUUUCACUGCCAUCACAGAGGCGGAAGUGGAUCGUAUGGAGAAGAUGUGCAAAGAGGAGAUGCCGGAUUUCUGUCCGCAUACAACAGAUUACUUUUCCUUCUUCUCACAGUGCAUUGAACACUUUCGAAUUUCCCGGGGGCACAGGAUACAGCUCAUGAGUCACGUUGAGGGAGCAAGAAAAAUGAAAAAUUCAGAAGAUGCCACAAGAGUACCUCACGUAUCUCAUGACACUUCACAGUUUCCUGUUGAAUCAAACAGGAUUAACUUUCCGGAUAUAGUUGCCAAGAUUAGGCGAAAAAUUAAAGAGGUUGCCUUGCGGUCGAACCUCACGGAGAUUUGUGAUGCAGAUCAACUUCAAAUCUACGUUAAAAUGGAAAAUAGAGAAAUCCAAGGAGCAGUAUUAUGUCCAACGUGUGGAAGGGAUAUCAAAUUGAAUAAAGAUCGUCGGCGAAUAGAUAAAAAUGGGCAACCAGUGAUUAGUGGAUCAAACUUCCUGGCACAUUUGAGGAAGCACUCAAAGAUCUCUGAAAGGACCCCUGAGGAGUACACGGAUGAAUCAGAAGUGGAGGCAAAGAGGAGGCGAAGUGAAGAGGCAGAGGUCCUUCAUACUACGAUUAAGUACGAAAUAGACGAGUACUGAUAAGAUGGAUAAGAUUAAGCGAAGAUUGAGAAUGUACGCCAAAAAUGUAAUUCUGAAAGUUCUGAAAUAAACAUGAGACGGGAAUCAAUUUACCCAAAGUAA